AUGAAAACCCUUUGGGGGGGGGACACACACACCUGCGUCCCCAUCCCCGUCCUCGUCCCAGUCCUUAACCGCCUGGGGCAGAAGCUGAAGCAGCUGAACCAAUUCCCCGACUUCAACAAUUACCUGAUCUUCGUGCUUACGCGGCUCAAGUCUGAAGAUGAGCCAACACGCUCGCUCAGCGGCCUGAUCCUGAAGAACAAUGUCAAGGCGCACUACCAGAGCUUCCCCCAGCCUGUGGCCGAGUUCAUCAAGCAGGAGUGUCUCAACAACAUCGGGGAUGCAUCCUCCCUCAUCCGGGCCACCAUCGGCAUCCUCAUCACCACCAUCGCCUCCAAGGGGGAGCUGCAGAUGUGGCCGGAGCUGCUGCCGCAGCUCUGCAACCUGCUCAACUCGGAGGACUACAACACAUGCGAGGGGGCGUUCGGGGCCCUGCAGAAGAUCUGCGAGGACUCCUCUGAGCUCCUGGACAGCGAUGCGCUCAACCGGCCGCUCAACGUCAUGAUCCCCAAGUUCCUCCAGUUCUUCAAGCACUGCAGCCCUAAGAUCAGGUCCCACGCCAUCGCCUGUGUCAACCAGUUCAUCAUGGACCGGGCUCAGGCGCUGAUGGAGAACAUCGACACCUUCAUCGAGCACCUCUUUGCUCUGGCGGUGGACGAGGACCCCGAGGUGCGGAAGAAUGUGUGCCGCGCGCUGGUGAUGCUGCUGGAGGUCCGCAUCGACCGCCUCAUCCCUCACAUGCACAGCAUCAUCCAGUACAUGCUGCAGCGGACACAGGACAGCGACGAGAACGUGGCGCUGGAGGCCUGCGAGUUCUGGCUGACGCUGGCCGAGCAGCCCAUCUGCAAGGAGGUGCUGACCUCCCACCUGGUGCAGCUCAUCCCCAUCCUGGUGAAUGGCAUGAAGUACUCGGAGAUUGACAUCAUCCUGCUCAAGGGUGAUGUGGAGGAGGACGAGGCCAUUCCUGACAGCGAGCAGGACAUCAAGCCCCGCUUCCACAAGUCCCGCACGGUGACACUGCAGCACGAGGAGGAACGGCCACAGGACCCUGAUGACACGGAGGAUGAAGAUGAUGACGACACGCUCUCAGACUGGAACCUGAGGAAGUGCUCAGCUGCCGCGCUGGACGUCCUGGCCAAUGUCUUCCGGGAAGAGCUGCUCCCCCACCUCCUCCCACUGCUUAAGGAGCUCCUCUUCCACCCCGAGUGGGUCAUCAAGGAGUCAGGCAUCCUCGUUCUGGGGGCCAUCGCGGAAGGCUGCAUGCAGGGCAUGGUGCCCUACCUGCCGGAGCUGAUCCCCCACCUCAUCCAAUGCCUGUCGGACAAGAAGGCGCUGGUGCGCUCCAUCGCCUGCUGGACCCUGAGCCGCUACGCCCACUGGGUGGUCAGCCAGCCCCCUGACAUGUACCUCAAGCCCCUCAUGACCGAGCUGCUCAAGCGCAUCCUCGACAGCAACAAGCGGGUGCAGGAGGCGGCGUGCAGCGCCUUUGCCACACUGGAGGAGGAGGCCUGCACGGAGCUGGUGCCGUACCUCAGCUUCAUCCUGGACACGCUGGUCUUCGCCUUCGGCAAGUACCAGCACAAGAACCUGCUGAUCCUCUAUGAUGCCAUCGGGACCCUCGCUGACUCUGUGGGGCAUCACCUCAACCAGCCGGAAUACAUCCAGAAGCUGAUGCCUCCGCUCAUCCAGAAGUGGAACGAACUGAAGGACGAGGACAAGGACCUCUUCCCGCUGCUGGAGAUGUACAACCAGCACCCCGAGCAGUAUGAGGCCCCCGACAAGGACUUCAUGAUCGUGGCCCUGGACCUGCUGAGUGGUUUGGCCGAGGGUCUCGGCUGCCACGUGGAGCAGCUGGUGGCUCGCAGCAACAUCAUGACACUGCUCUUCCAGUGCAUGCAGGACACCAUGCCUGAGGUGCGGCAGAGCUCCUUCGCUCUCCUGGGCGACCUCACCAAGGCCUGCUUUGUGCACGUCAAGCCCUGCAUCGCCGAGUUCAUGCCUAUCCUGGGCACCAACCUCAACCCCGAGUUCAUCUCCGUCUGCAACAACGCAACCUGGGCCAUCGGGGAGAUCUGCAUGCAGAUGGGGGCGGAGAUGCAGCCCUAUGUCCAGAUGGUGCUGAACAACCUGGUGGAGAUCAUCAACCGCCCCAACACCCCCAAAACCCUCCUGGAGAACACGGCCAUCACCAUUGGCCGCCUGGGCUUCGUCUGCCCGCAGGAGGUGGCCCCCAUGCUGCAGCAAUUCAUCCGGCCUUGGUGCACAUCCCUCCGUAACAUCCGAGACAACGAGGAGAAGGACUCUGCUUUCCGUGGCAUCUGUGUGAUGAUCGGCGUGAACCCCGGAGGGGUUGUGCAGGACUUCAUAUUCUUCUGUGAUGCCGUUGCAUCCUGGGUGAGCCCCAAGGAUGACCUGCGGGACAUGUUCUAUAAGAUCCUCCACGGCUUCAAGGACCAGGUGGGAGAGGAGAACUGGCAGCAGUUUUCGGAGCAGUUCCCGCCCCUGCUCAAGGACCGGCUGGCGGCGUUUUACGGGGUCUAGGCCAG